AUGUGUCAACAUGAAAAUGAAGACAACAUGGGUUUGCCUGCAUUCAUGCUUACAUGUGUUCACAUGCACAUUUCUACAGGAACUGUGGCAAAGCUGGAAUUGGAAACGCGUUCUACAACUGCCAACCGGUCUGAAAAAGGUGACCACACUGAUGCUGUGGUGAGUGGCGAACAACUGGCUGCCGCCCUCCAGCGCGAGAGCCGCAAACAAGCAGAACGCCGUCGGCUGUGGAAAGAGCAAGUGGACAAAACGUUAUUGAUGCUGCAGGCAUCAGAUGACGUUGAUACAACAAAUGGCUCACUGACGAGAAUUUCAUCAUCAUCUUCAUUGACAAAAAGAACAGCAAUGAAAAACAAUAACAAAUUGAGCGUCAUGCCUUGGAUCACAAGGGCUUGUGCUGUGCAGAGCAAUAGCAGCAGCAGCAGCAGCAUUUCAACAGCAAAUAUCCCAUCCUCCCACCUUGAAAAAAUGCCUACUUUUGCCCACUUGACCAAGAUGCAGCCCAUGCGACGAAUGGAAAAUCAGCAGCAACAGUUGCAUCCAGCACCUGCACCUGAUGGUACAAUUGGUGCUGCUAAAUCUCAUUUUAGCCAAGGGCAACAUUGCAGUGCUGGAGAGCUCUUGCAGUCCACUAUACGGUACCAGGUCAUCCGCCAGUCAGUCAAUUCACAGUUGGGCACCCGCCGGUCAUCAAGCGCUGGUUGGUCCAACCGCCAGUCAGUGCAGUUCUUGGCCUUGCCAAUCCCCAGCCCACCAAACUGCAGUUUGGCCACCCAAUUGUUGGGGCACCCAAACAAUUGG